AAAUAAUAACGGCCUAUUUCCGUAUCUUAUUCUCACAACACCAUCCUCCUACCUAGGUACAAGAGACCUGAGCGGAGUGCGCAAAUCUCCACAGUACUUCCCGUUUUGGCAGCUUUCCACACCCCGGUCCACAAUUUCAAGCUUGGCGUCACCGCCACACGGGACAUCACCUCAUCAUUCUUUCUCUUCGUCGCCCUUCAACAACAUUGAAGGACUUGCACAGCCCGCCACGGACAAGCGACCGACUGCCACCGAAUACGAUCCGAUAUGCGAGACGAAUCAUCCUGAUUUCCGACUAGUGCCACAUCAUGAACUCGGACAAAGCUGCCGACGCCCCUUUGGCAUCUGGGGCGUCGGCGUCGAGCUCAAGCUCACGCGGACCUGACCCUCCCGACUCCUACUUUCCACGAGGUCCAACUCGUCCGGGAUACAUGACGGUUGGAUCAGGCUCUACAGGCGAAGCUGCCUCUCGACUAAUGUCCAUGUUGGAUGAGGACGUUCCGAUCAUGGACCACGACUCUGGAUACGGCACCAGUCUAGCCAGCGGAGAAAGCUCAUCAUCGAGAUGGCAUCCUCCUUCAAGCGAAGACGGCUCCACAUCGUCUUCGGCGACGAUUUUACAAGGCGGGAGUGGGAACGCCGAAUAUGACCGGCAGCGCAGCCAUGUGCUGCAGCUCCGCUACAACCAGAACAAAAACACCUUGGGUCGUGCCAUUCAUGGGACCAUCGAGACGUUGAAGAGCUUCCAGCAGAUGAACCUAAACUGGCCGGCACAUUAUCCUGCCGUUCAGCCAGAUCCUGCGCAACUUGCUCGUACCGACUCCCGGCCCGGUCUCCAACAUACACAAUCCGCAAUUGGAGACUUGGAGCCACCCUCGGAUCGUCCCAGGCCAUUGAGGCGCGCAGAGACCUCCAUCAGGGAGGAAAGCCCUGUGGCCGAAAGUAGCUCAGCUGCUUCACAAAUGCCCAAACCAGAACCGCGAUUGAUUACACCCAAAUUGGCCCAGGAUUUCUCAGUACUGAAAUUGGAGCUACGCAUGGGAGGGCGAACACAGACUGACCUAGUGCAUUCGUUGGAAAAAGGCUCCAUUGCCUCAUUACUUGAUGGUCAAAUCCAGCAAAGCAUCCGUCACCUUUACGCUCUAAAGGAAAGAAUCGACGACACUUCAAGCAAAGUUCUCGUGACCGGUGAUCUGAACGCAGGAAAGUCCACUUUCUGCAACGCUCUUCUUCGCAGAAAGGUUCUGCCAGAGGACCAGCAGCCGUGCACCAGCAUCUUUUGUGAAGUGCUCGAUUUCAGGGAAAAUGGUGGAGUGGAAGAAGUUCACGCUGUUCCCAUUGGGUUUGAAUAUAAUCGAAACGACGAGAGCACAUACCACGUCUUCGAUCUCAAGGACCUGGAAAAGAUUGUGGUUGACAAUGAGCGAUAUUCGCAGUGCAAGAUCUAUAUUCGGGACAUUCGGGCGGUUGACGAGUCCCUGCUGAAUAAUGGGGUAGUGGAUAUCGCCCUCAUCGACGCUCCUGGACUGAACGCGGAUUCCCUCAAAACGACUGCAGUUUUCGCGAGACAGGAGGAGAUUGAUGUUGUGGUCUUUGUGGUCUCUGCGGCCAAUCACUUCACGGAGUCAGCGAAGAAUUUCAUCUUCAGUGCCGCCCGAGAGAAGGCAUAUAUCUUCAUGGUUGUCAACGGCUUUGAUGUCAUUCGGGACCAGGAGCGUUGCCAGCAGAUGAUCCUUAAGCAGGUAAAAGGGCUUAGCCCGGCAACAUUCAAGGAGUCAAGCGAGCUGGUGCAUUUCGUAUCCAGUAACGCCAUUCCUAUGAUGGGAGACAGCGGUCCUCCAGGGGAUGAUGAUGGAGACGAUGAUCCCUCUGGUAAAGGAAAGGGGAAAGGCAAGGAGGCGGAAAGAAUCCGAGACUUCGAGGACCUCGAGGCCUCUCUACGGCGGUUCGUCCUCGAGAAACGCGCAAGGUCCAAGCUGGCUCCAGCGAAAACGUAUCUCUUGAACGUCCUGGGUGAUGUGCACAAUCUGGCGACGAUCAAUCGUGAUGUUGCCCAAGCAGAGCUGGAUCGUGUCAAUAAGGAGAUGGAAAUACUGGAGCCAGAAUUCGAGGAGUCCAAAAAGGCGAGGACUGAGGCAGGCGAACAGGUCGAGCGGCUGGUCGAGGACACGACUUCCGAAGUCUACGUUUAUACGCGGGAUACCAUCAACACUUCCAUCUCCAAAGUCGGAGGGCAAGAUCUCGGAAUCGAGUAUCCUGGUUUCUUCUCCUCCUAUCAAUACGCCGAAGAUCUUCGCGAUGCGAUGCUUCAUGAGAUCACUGAAACAGUCCGCCAUUGUGAAGAACAUGCCCGGACCCAAGCUGACCUGGGCUACAACUCCAUCAAGAAUCUGGGCAUCCUGCAUCUUGGAAACAAGCUCUAUGCAGACACUAUUUUCAGAACCGACAGAAUGUUCAGGAAACCGACGCACGCUCUUGCGCGGCAGGUUGACAUAGAGAUCGAUCUCUGGGACUUCUUUGAUAUUGCCAGUCUUUGGGAACGGCAGGAGAAGGUAGCUGGUACAGGCAUGGCUGUCACUGUGGCGGGUAUGGUGGGAGGCCGGGUGAUUGGUGGUGUCGGCUGGUUGGACGGGGUGCUGGGUGCAGCCAAAAUAAUGGGCUCUCACAACAUCAGGAGGCUCAUCAUUCCUGGCUUGAUUGCUGGCAUCGCUCUCGGCAUCUCCUACGUCCUAACCUCCAUCCCCAAAACCCUCCCUCAUCGACUGAACGCAAAACUUGCCCAGCAACUCGCGGCAAUCGACUACACGCAUUCCAAUGCGUUGCGCAUAAGCUCAGAGGUCCGCAAAUCACUGAAGGGACCUGCGAACGAGGUCCGCAUUGGACUUCAGCGCAACGUCGAGAAGCUGCAACUGAAGAAGGAAGAAACUUCCAAGACCAGAAUGGAGGCAGAAGUCGCUCGAAAGUAUUUCUCGAACUUGGUCCGCAGCAGCAAUGACCUGCGGCAAGGCGUGCAGCGCGUUGAUCUCGAGGCUUCCCUUCCAGCCGUCCCUCCUAUGGAGGUCCGCCGCGACCCCAGAUCUUUCAUCUUCUUUAUUAUCCUUCUCUUUCUCCUCAACUCCAACGAACCGCAGGGACAGCAACCAUUCAACGUCCGCUCAGAAUACGACGAUGUUCUUGAUCAGGAGCGAUAUGAGCUCGACCUGCUGAACCGUACAAGCUAUGGCGACUUCGACCCGGGAAAUAAGAAGUGGUUGAACAUUUCGGGCUUGCUAGAAGAGGAGGGGUUUUCUUGGGACUUAUUGGAACCGGUGAAGCAGCGCGCGACGGAGCAGGUCAAGGAUGUGUUGGGCCCUGCAGCGGACGGAUUGCUUCAUAGCACCACGGACGCUACAUGGAAUGUACCCGUAUACCGGAACAUCAGUGGACACGUUCAGGGACAGUGGUUCCGCUCGCCGUUGUCGAAGGUGCGACUGCCGUGGGACCUGAAUACGACUGCACGCUACGAGAAUCCGUUCCCGAACUCCCAGUUUGAUCGGAAUGUUACCGGGUCAGGAGGGACGGUGCGGUUGCAUUUCACGGAGACGGAGGGGAGGAUGCGGGUGGAUGGGAACGGGACUGUUUCCGAGGUGGCUGCGAGGGUGGUUAUUGGAGAUGAUGAUUCGUUGGGGGAUAAUUGGUGGGAGUUCAUGGUGAAUGGGGUGCAUUAUCCCAAGCAUGGUGGCAUGGUGUUGACGACGACAAGCGAGAAGUUUGGAGGCAUCUUUGCCCUCCCUCAUUUUCAGCUCUCGCAACACCUAUACUCCAAGUCACAACAGCUCCUCAACCAAACCAUACAGGAGACGAUCGAACGGCAGGUCAGUCGCGUCUACCCAAUUUGGAAUCCGUGGAGCUCCGCAGUAGAAGGUGCAACCGAAGGCAUGAUGAGCAGUGCCCAUUGCGAAUUUGUUUUGUACCUACAGGAACACCCAAUCCAGUUCCAACACCCCAGCGCGGAUCCGAAUAUGCACGGGCCGUCCGUAGAUAUGGACUGGCUGGAGCGAGAGUUACGCUUUCCCACUGGAGCUCCCCUGCCACGGCGUUCACCUCUUGCUAUGUCCAUGGUCGGAUUCUCACCUGAUUGCGGGUUCGUCAUUGAAUCUAAAGGACCACCAGUGCACUCCCCUUCGGAAUUCAAGCACCUCCUGGGAGCCAAGAUCGAAGAGUUCAACGACAGGGCUAGACAUGCCAUUCUCACCUUUGCCGUGGCCCUGUUCCUCCAGGUCUUUCUUCUUAUUAGACAGAUGAAGGAAACAUCUACUCCUUCAACGCGCAAUCGUGUUAGUUUCUACACGAUUGCCAUGCUUGCUGUGGGGGAUGGCUUCGCUUUCCUGGCCCUCAUCUUCAUGCAUCUAUUCCUGGGGACCUCGCAGCUGGUUCUAUAUGCAACGGCGUUCCUGUCCUUGUUCUCCGUUGUCUUCGAACUGAGAUUCCUAAUGGAUAUCUGGGCAGUGCAAGUCACGGAAGAGAUACGGCAAGCCCGUGAACAGAAUUCCCGCACUACGCAAAGCUCCGCAACUCCCGCCAACCUAGCCCCUAGUCCCCCUUCCACAGAAGAGGGUGGUCUACCCCUCCCAGCUUCGGCAGCCCGUCCUGGGGCCACUCCACCUGUGAUCAUUACACCGGACCAAGAUGAACCAGCAGAGGCAACGACGACACCGGCGGCUACAACGACGACCCCGAGGUCAAGCCGCGCUGAACUGGGAGCCCUGUACAGCCGCUAUGGCUUACUCCUCAUCGUUCUUUUCUUCCUCACUCUCCAAUUCACGACCGUCCGCUCUACAGUGCGAGCCAUCUACUUCAACACGCUCUGCUUCCUCUAUCUCUCCUGCUGGUGUCCCCAGAUCUACAGGAACAUCAUGCGCAACUGCCGCAAGGCCUUGCGCUGGGACUUCAUCAUCGGUCAGAGCCUCGUCCGCCUUAUUCCCAUCGCUUACUUCUACGCGAUCCCGAACAACGUCCUGUUUUCCAUCAGCGACCUCAAAGCCCUCGCGGUUCUAGCGGGAUGGCUUUGGAUACAAAUGGUCGUACUAAAGAGCCAGGAGAUCCUGGGCCCACGCUUCUUCAUCCGCGAAGGCUGGGCUCCCCCAGCAUACGACUACCACCCCGUCCUCCGCGAAGACGAGGAAGGCGCCACGAUGCCCGUCGGCUCCUCGCAAUCCGCCGACACGGACGACGUCUCCGGCUCCACCGGCAAAGCCGGCGAGUCCAAAGGCAAGGGCAUCAGAGUCUUCGACUGCAGCAUCUGCGCCACGGACAUCGAGGUCCCCGUCGUGGCGAGCGGUGCGUCCGGCGAUACGGCGUCAGGGAGGGGCGCGAUGUAUUUGCAGAGACGGGCGUAUAUGGUUACGCCUUGCAGGCAUAUCUUUCAUACGCCGUGCUUGGAGGGGUGGAUGAGGUAUAGGUUGCAGUGUCCGAAUUGUAGAGAGGUGCUGCCGCCGUUGUAGAUUGUGUAGAUGCGUUUGAGUAAUGAUACCCCAUUCGGAUUGCUG